AUGUCCUCAACGCCAUCCAAUCAAGACAAGAAGUCCACAUCCGCCAACAAAAACAAAAAACAUGAUCAUAAAUCAAAAAUUUCACCUUUACAUAAAAUGCUACCAUUUUUACACGAAACAAGUAUUGGAGAAUCAUUAGGUAGUAGUGAAGAUGAAGCCAUCUUAGUAGGAGCCAUUACAGGGGCUGCAAGUUGUUGUUGCUGUUGUCGUCGUAGAAAGAAAAGAACACACAAAAACACAAAUAGUGGCGAUUAUUAUAAACGAAAGUCGAGUGACAUUCCACUAAAGAUGCCACCACCCAUGGGGUUAGGUGUGAGUAGUUUCACAUAUGAUGAGUUGGCGACAGCGACACACGGGUUUGAUAGGUCUUUGCUUUUGGGGGAAGGUGGAUUUGGGUAUGUUUACAAAGGGGUGUUGCCUAAUGAGAAGGAGAUAGCUGUGAAGAGUCUUAAGCCCAAUAGUGGUCAAGGUGAACGUGAAUUUCAAGCGGAGGUUGAUAUUAUAAGUCGUGUGCAUCAUCCCCAUCUUGUAUCUCUUGUUGGAUAUUGUGUAUCUGGGAAAAAACGGUUGUUGGUUUAUGAGUUUAUACCUAAUCGUACUCUUGAAUACCAUCUUCACGACAAAGGUCGCUCGGUUAUUGACUGUUCAACAAGAUUAAAGAUUGCUUUGGGAGCAGCCAAAGGCUCCGCUUACCUUCAUGAAGAUUGCAAUCCACGAAUUAUCCAUAGAGACAUUAAGGCUGCAAAUAUAUUAAUUGAUAGCCAGUAUGAGGCCAAGGUGGCAGAUUUCGGUUUGGCAAAGCUUUCAUCUGAUGAUAACACUCAUGUCUCAACACGCAUCAUGGGCACAUUCGGGUACCUCGCACCUGAAUAUGCAUCCAUGGGUAAGCUGACAGAGAAGUCGGAUGUGUUUUCCUAUGGAGUUGUGCUCUUGGAACUGAUUACUGGAAGAAGACCUGUGGAACCAGAUAGUGAUGAAGAUAGCUUGAUCGAUUGGGCUGAGCCUACCCUAAUGCAAGCAUCAGAAGGGGGAACUUAUGAACAGAUGGUCGAUCCAAUUUUGAGGGGUAACUAUAACAGGGACGAGAUGCAUCGAAUGGUAGCAUGUGCAGCUGCUUGCCUUAGGCAUGCCGCAAAGAAACGCCCUAAAAUGAGCCAGAUUGUGCGUGUCUUACAAGGCGAGAUGUCGUUGGAUGAAUUGAACGAAAGUGUUUAAAAAGGAGCCGGCCUAGACAUGGAUCGAACGGGGGAAGCAGUGCUUAUGAUAUGCAAGCGAAAACAGGGGGUGAUACAAGAUACAAUACAACUCGGGAAUUGUGUCGAGCCAAGAAUUGUCUAGCGAGGAACUUGGUAUGUCCAGCGACUUUCCCGAUACGCGCCAAAAAGACAGAAACCCUUGAAUGAUUAAACGGAAGGGAAUGCAGGAAGAUAGAAGGGUAAAGAAACCAAAAAGAAAAAGUGAAAGGGCUAGAUGCAAAAGUGAUAGCAAUAGAUCGACUUUG